CCUGCCCUGCCUCCCGCCCGCCUGCCUCUGCCUCCGCCUUCUGGGAGGCUGGAGCCGGUGCGGGGCGGUUCGGCCCGGCGGGAGGCGAUCCGGGGAGGUGCGGGGGGCCUGGGCGGGAGCCCGGAGGCGCGGCCGGUAUGGAAGCGCUGUUGCUGGGCGCGGGGCUGCUGCUGGGCGCCUACGUGCUGGUCUAUUACAACCUCGUGAAGGCCCCGCCCUGCGGUGGCACAGCCAGCCUGCGCGGCCGCACGGCUGUGGUCACGGGCGCCAACAGCGGCAUCGGGAAGAUGACGGCGCUGGAGCUGGCGCGCCGGGGCGCGCGCGUGGUGCUGGCCUGUCGUAGCCGGGAGCGUGGCGAGGCGGCGGCCUUCGACCUCCGCCAGGAGAGUGGGAACAAUGAGGUCAUCUUCAUGGCUUUGGACUUGGCCAACCUGGCCUCCGUGCGGGCCUUUGCCACUGCCUUCCUGAGCUCUGAGCCACGGCUGGACAUCCUCAUCCACAAUGCCGGGAUCAGUUCCUGCGGCCGGACCCACGAGCCAUUUAACCUGCUACUGCGAGUGAAUCACAUUGGCCCCUUCUUGCUGACACAUCUGCUGCUGCCGCGGCUGAAGACAUGCGCCCCUAGCCGCGUGGUGGUGGUAUCCUCAGCCGCCCACCGGCGGGGGCACCUCGACUUCACCCGCCUGGACUGCCCAGUGGUGGGCUGGCGGCAGGAGCUGCGGGCAUAUGCCGACAGUAAGCUGGCCAACGUAUUAUUUGCCAGGGAGCUCGCCACUCAGCUUGAGGGCACUGGUGUCACCAGCUAUGCGGCCCAUCCAGGGCCUGUGAACUCAGAGCUAUUCCUGCGCCACGUUCCUGGAUGGCUGAGCCCACUUCUGCGCCCACUAGCUUGGCUGGUGCUGCGGACACCCAGAGGGGGCGCCCAGACACCCCUGUACUGCGCUCUGCAGGAGGGCAUUGAAUCCCUCAGUGGGAGAUAUUUUGCCAAUUGCCACGUGGAGGAAGUGCCCCCAGCUGCCAGGGAUGACCAAGCAGCUCACCGGCUAUGGGAGGCCAGCAAAAGGCUGGCCGGGCUUGGACCUGGCCAGGGUGCCCAACCUGAUGAAGACCCCCAGUCUGAGGACCCAGGGCCCCCAUCUUCCCCGAGCAGCCCCCUCCCUGAGGAACCCACAGUUUCUGAACCCCACCCCAGCCCUCAGAAUUACAUGUCUAAGGUCACACGCCGAAUUCAGGUUAAAACUGAACCUGAGCCCUAAAUCUCCUAAUCCCCAGGUCGGAGUGCUUUCCAAUUACACUUAGUGGCCCUUGAAAACCCGAACUGCAUGCCAGGCCGUGCUUUGGGCACUGAGGGAUUUGCAGUUUUUACCUCCAUGGUUCCUUUAUGGAGCUUCAAGUUGUGUUCUUAUGAGCGGUCGUUUCCUGGUGGAAGUAAAUCGUGGGCGAUGCUUUC